CGUUUGCAGAAGCCGGACUGCGUUUGAGAAGAAUAAGACCGAUGUUUUCCGUAUUAAAACACACAACGUGGGUCCUCUCAAGAAGCUGAGGAUCGAGCACGACAAUACGGGCAUGAACGCCAGCUGGUUCUUAGACAGGGUGGUGGUGACCGACAUGAGCCGGCCUCACUUGCGCUUCUAUUUCGCUUGCAACAACUGGCUUAGUCGGGAAGAGGCAGACAACCUUUUUGUCAGGGACCUGCUCGGCAGCCUCAACCAGAUGGACGUCCCUAAAUUGAAUAAAUACAUAGUGAGCGUGUUCACUCCUGACAUGAAGGGAAGCGGAACUGACGCGGACGUCUUUCUCAACAUCUUUGGAGAGAGCGGGGACACAGGAGAGAGGAGGCUGGACAGCGACAAAGAUAACUUUGAACGCGGCUCCGAGGACAAGUUCACUAUCGAAUCACCAAACUUGGGAAGGCUGAGGAAAAUCACAAUUGGCCACAACAACAGAGGUUCAUCAGCUGGGUGGUUUCUAGAUAAGGUAACAAUCGAUGACAUCGGGAAUAAAGAAGUGUAUGAGUUCCCAGUCAAUCGCUGGUUUGCUAUGGAUGAAGAUGAUGGUAAAAUCCAGCGAGAUGUACUGGUUGGAAAACUGCAGCCAUCGGGAAUCGUAUACAAUGUACAAGUGAUGACUGGGGAUGUGCGAGGGGCGGGCACCAAUUCGAAAAUACACAUGGUCAUGCACGGCGCUAAGGGCUUGAAGAACAGUGGUAAAGUCUUCUUGGAGGGCGGCGCUUUUGAGCGUCGUCUCAUCGACAUCUUCAACGUGGAAAUUUGCGAACUGAUCAGCCCUCUCAGCAGGGUUACCAUUGGUCACGACAACGGCGCUGUCGGUGCAGGAUGGUACUGUGAGAAGGUGGUGAUAUAUUGUCCCUUCACGGGGAUCGAACAGACAUUUCCUUGCGGGAUGUGGCUGGAUGAGGAUGAGGGUGAUGGACUCAUUGAGCGGGAGCUCUAUGAGAUGGUUUCCCUUCGGCAGAGGAAGCAAAAGAAGUACCCAUGGUCACUGUGGAUUUGGACUUCGGAUGUGAAGGGUGCUGGAACGGAUGCCCAGGUGUUUUUGCAGAUCUACGGAGAGAAAGGCAAAUCGGAUGAGACCAAACUGGAAAACAACUCUGACAGUUUUGAACAAGGCCGCCUCGAUAAAUUCAUGGUGGAGAUGCCUGACGUUGGAAGACUGCUAAAAGUACGCAUUUGGCACGAGAAGAGACAUCCGUUCGCUGGCUGGCAUUUAGGGAGGGUGAGACCCAACAGUGUGGAAAAUUCAAGAGUUUGGGGACGUUCAGGAAUGUUUCUUUUUUUUUUUUAGGUUACUUUGCUGAAGACUUUGACAACAGAGAAAUACUCAUUCGAAUGUGGCCGUUGGCUCGACAUCAACG